AUGGGAGGCCAGCCCAUGGGAGCAAUGGGGCCGUUGAUGAUGAGUGCGAAUAACAACCAUUUAAUGGGGCCGGUGGGACAGGCUCAGGCUCCGCUUGGGGGGCCGCCGGCGGGGGUCCAGAUUUAUAAUCGGUUUCCGUUGCCGGAAGGGAACGACUGGGAGCUACCGGAGGAGCCGGAUCCGAGCAAGGACCUGGAAGUGUUCUGGCGUAGUCGGCCACCAGUGGAAAAAUCUGUCAAGGAGGAAGUGAAUCUAGAGCUUGUGAAGCAGGUGGCUUCACAGGCCGGCCGGCUGCAGGAGUUGGCAGACAUGAUCGCCGCCAACUUCUUCGAGAUCGACGGCGGCGGCACAUUCACACCGCUGAUCAACCAAGUGCUUCAAUGCCUUCAGAUGAAACUGCGCACGCCAGCACAACAGGCGUUUCUCACUGCCCUUGGCACGGUACUCAAGGGGCCUCGCAAACCCCUCGCAAUCGACACGCUUCAGUACAUGGUUCGACACCGACUCAUUACAACUAACGGCUACAUGUUGCUGCCGACUCCGCGGUUGAUCGAAGUGGCCCUGGACGCGGAUACCCACUACCUGGACUGUUUGGACGAUGUUGUGAUUCAAAUUGAUAGCAAUGGACAUCGGAGGGUUCAUCAACUUGAACUCACAGACUGA